AAAAAGAAAGAAAGAGGAGAGAAGUCGCCGUAGUCGCUCUCCUUCCUUCGAGCUCCAUCUCCACCCGAGAAGAUGCUGAGAAUAGCCGGCGUGUUGGCUGUAGUGGCUCUGGGGUUGAGCGCCGCUCACACCAAAGUAAACAAACACAAGCCAUGGAUUGAGACAUCAUACCAUGGGGUGAUCACUGAAAACACUGACAUCGUUCUGCUUGAUCCUCCUCUGGUGGCCCUGGACAAAGACGCCCCCAUCCCCUACGCAGGGGAGAUCUGUGCAUUCAACAUCCACGGGCUGGAGGCUCCGUUCGAGGCAGUGGUGCUGAACGGUACGUCUGGUGAGGGCCAGCUGAGGGCCCGCGGCCUGGUGGACUGCGAGCUGCAGAAGGAAUACACCUUUAUCAUCCAGGCUCACGACUGCGGCUCUGGCCCCGAGGGCACGGAGGGCAAAAAGUCCCACAAAGCGGUGGUGCACAUUCAGGUCAACGAUGUAAAUGAGUUCGCCCCAGUGUUUCGGGAGCCCCAGUACAGAGCUGCAGUGACGGAGGGUAAAAUUUACGACAGCAUCCUGCAGGUGGAGGCCACCGACCAGGACUGCUCCCCACAGUACAGCCAGAUCUGUAACUACCAGAUCACCACCAGCAACACACCCUUCGCUAUAGAUCGCAAUGGUAACAUCCGGAACACGGAGAAGCUUAGCUACGACCGGCAGCAGCAGUACGAGAUCCAGGUGACGGCCUGGGACUGCGGCCAGAAGAGAGCUCUGCAUAGCGUCCCUGUCCGCAUUGACGUAAAGCCUGUCUGCAAGCCUGGCUGGCAAGAUUGGAGUAAGCGAGUGGACUAUGAGCCAGGGACAGGAAGUAAGCAGCUGUUUCCGAAAAUGCACCUGGAGACUUGUGGCGGGCCGCUGUCCUCGGUGAGGACCACGGUGGAGCUGCAGACCAGCCACAUCGGGAAAGGCUGCGAUCGUGAGACCUACUCGGAGAAAUCCCUACAGAAACUCUGUGGGGCCUCCUCGGGCAGCACUGACCUUCUGCCUGCCCCCAGCACUGCCACCAACUGGACUGCUUCUCUGGUGACUGACAGCGGCCGGGACAGUGACUUAAUCUUCAGGUUUGACGGACAUCAGGCGGCUAAAAUCCCGGACUGGGUGGUUCCCCAGAAUCUGACAGAUCAGUUCACCAUAGCAACUUGGAUGAAGCAUGGACCGAGUCCUGGGCUCAGAGCCGAGAAGGAGACACUACUCUGUAACUCCGACAAGACUGAGAUGAACCGGCAUCACUACUCGCUGUAUGUCCACAAUUGUCGCCUGGUGUUCCUGCUGAGGAGAGACUUCACCCAGGUGGACACCUUCAGACCGGCCGAGUUCCACUGGAAACUGGAGCAGAUCUGUGACAAGGAGUGGCAUUACUACGUCAUCAACGUAGAGUUCCCAGUGGUGACGCUCUAUGUGGACGGAGUGACCUACGACCCCUACCUGGUGACGGAUGACUGGCCCAUCCAUCCCUCACAGAUCGACGUGCAGCUCACAGUCGGUGCCUGCUGGCAAGGUGGAGAAGUGACCAAGCCGAGGUUCACUCAGUACUUCCGGGGCAGCCUGUCUGGACUGACCAUCCGACCGGGGAAGAUUGAGAGUCAGAAAGUCAUUUCCUGUCUGCAGGCCUGCAAAGAGGGACUAGACAUCAACUCUCUCGAAAGUCUGGAUAAGAACAUAAAGUUCCACUUUAACCCAGCCCAGUCUAUCUUAGUAAUGGAGGGAGAGGACUUGGAAAACAUGAACGCUGCUGUGAGGAAAGUUUCCUACAUAAACUCUCGUCAGUUUCCAACACCAGGCAUCCGACGUCUGCACAUCUCCACUGCCGUCCAGUGCUUUGGUGAAGACACUUGUAUCACUAUCCCAGACAUCGAUGCAGUGGUCAUGGUUUUGCAGCCCAGCGAGCCCAGGAUAACCAUCAGUGGAGUGGACAGACUGAAUCGGCCAGCCUCCGACCUCAGAGCGCAGGGAGGCACAAUUCUGUUCCAGGACCUCCACAUCAUCAGCACAGUCGCCAGGGCAGACGCCACCACACAUCACACAGGUAAGGACUGUUACAUGGCGGCAACUGUGCUAUCAAGGGCAACAAUAUGA